AGGUAGCCCUCUCCCCGCCCGCCCCGUUCAUCCACGCGGGACUGGAUUACCAUGCUGGACACCGCCACGAGUCGCAGGUGGCUUGACGACCAGGCUGAAACCGCAAAGGGAACAGAUUCGCAGCAGUAUGCUUACAACUUAGCAUCAGAACUUCGACCAUCUUCUUCCUGAGUCGCUCUGCGAUGUUGUUUAGGUGAGCGGAAAGGAGGUGCUGCUGACCGGUGGCGGCGGCGGUCAUGCACCCCGGCCCGCCAGUCCAGCCGAGCCAUCGCAGGCCUCCCCGUCGCCAGCAUCCUCACCAGCAGCAGCUCCGUCGAGAGCACAACCUACAGCAACAGCAGCAGCAGCAGCAGCAGCAGCAGGAGCGUCGUCGAUCGCGUCCGCACGACCAUGGUUCACACGCCCUCCUGGUGCUGCUGCUACUGGCCAGCAACCGUCUGGUUCUAGCUCAGGCUGAGCCGCCGGAAACACCGGCGGCUCUGGCGGCUCCAACAACCGAAUGUCAGCAAGCCUCUCAUAAGACUCUGUGGGCGACGAGCAACGACACGGCUAGGUCGCUGCCGCUGCAGAACUUGACCAUCGGCUACCUCACGGCCGUUAAGGGCGGCCUGAAGGACCGCCAGGGACUCACCAUUUCCGGCGCUCUGACUAUGGCCCUCAACGAGAUCAACAGCGAUCCAAACCUUUUGCCAAGAGUGAACCUGGUGCCGCGAUGGAGCGACACGAGGGGAGAGACUGUAGAGGCUACCCGAGCAAUGAUCGAUAUGAUCUGCGACGGGGUUGUGGCAUUCUUCGGUCCAGAGGGGUCGUGCUACGUUGAAGCAAUAAUCUCAGAAAGCAGAAACCUGCCAAUGCUUUCUUACAAAUGUUCUGACUACAAAGCUUCGAAGGUGAAGACAUUUGUCCGUACGGAACCGCCCGACACUCAGGUUACGAAAUCUGUAAUUGCACUACUUCUUCAUUAUGGCUGGUUUAAAUUCACAAUUGUCACCGAGCGCGCCUGGUCGACGGUCGCCCGUUCGCUUCAGGAACAGGCGGCUAAGAACAAUCUCACCGUGAACCAUUACAAAACCGUCGAGGACCGGCAUACGUGCUGUGAGGACAGGCUACCGUGUUGUCAAGUCAGCGUAUGGUUCCAACUUAUACAGGAGACGAAAAAUAUGACUCGCAUAUACAUCUUCCUGGGCACGCCAAUGUCACUGAUAGAUAUGAUGAAUUCGAUGCAAGGUCAAAGGCUCCUAGAUAACGGGGAGUACAUGGUGAUACACGUGGACAUGAUGACGUAUUCGCAACGUGAAGCACAGAAGUAUUUGUGGAAACCGGAACACUUCGAUCAUCUGAAGAAUUGUCUCGAGCCAAAGGACUUUUUGAAGAGGGCACGUUCAUUGAUGGUCGUCGUGUCGACACCACCGACGCAGAAUUACGAAGAAUUUACUAAGAAAGUCCGACACUACAGUAGCAUAGAACCCUUCAACUUUCAAGUUCCCGAGCUUCUGAGAAAGUAUGAAAAGUAUGUCUCGAUUUACGCGGCAUAUCUUUAUGAUUCUGUGAAGCUAUAUGCAAAAGCCUUGGAUCAGUUGAUAAAAGAUUACCCAGGCAUUUCUAUCGAGGAACUAGCCAGAAACGGCACUCUUAUAACCGAUAUGAUUCUCAAGAAAUCAUCUACAUAUCAAAGUGUGAGCGGGGCAACUAUUAAAUUGGAUCCCUCUGGAGACUCGGAAGGAAACUUUUCAGUGCUUGCUUUGAAAAAAGAACCGUUUCGUGUCCAUAACUUCUCUUGCGACUAUCAGAUGAUGCCUGUAGGCCAAUUCCAGCAGGGUGAAACCCUUCUAGUAUAUAAGUCUUGGCCAGGCGCUAUGGAUUGGCCUGGUAAAAAUAAGCCAGAGGCAGAACCUGGUUGCGGUUUUCUGAACGAACACUGUCCGAAGGACGAUACACAUCUCCGCAGUAUCAUUGUUGCUGCAACACUGGCUGUUUUGCUAUUUUGCGCCACAGUAAUCACUAUGAGCAUAUAUCGACGAUGGAAGAUAGAACAGGAGAUAGAAGGAUUGCUUUGGAAGAUUGAUCCGAAUGAGAUUCACGGUUAUCCUCAUCUUGAUAACAUGAUGUCCUCCCCUAGUAAGUUAAGUUUAGUUAGUGCAAUGUCCUACGAGUCGAGAUGUGGCGGUCAAGUGUUUGCGCAAACUGGACAUUACCAUGGUGUAAUGGUACGAAUAAAGGAGUUGAAAUUCUCGAAGAAAAAAGACAUUUCACGGGACGUUAUGAAGGAGAUGCGCAUUCUCCGUGAAAUUAGACAUGGUAAUCUCAACUCCUUCAUCGGAGCGUGCGUGGAGCCAAUGAGGAUAUUGUUAAUUACUGACUAUUGUGCCAAAGGAAGUCUUUAUGACAUUAUUGAAAACGAAGAUAUAAAAUUAGAUGAUAUGUUCAUUGCAUCAUUAAUUCACGAUCUCAUUAAGGGUAUGCUAUAUAUUCAUGAGUCAUCUCUACUAGUCUGUCAUGGUAAUCUAAAAUCUUCCAAUUGUGUUGUAACUUCACGUUGGGUACUCCAAGUUUCCGAUUUCGGUCUUCACGAUAUGCGUCACUGCGCCGAAUCUGAUAGUAUCGGUGAACAUCAGUAUUAUCGAAGUUUAUUUUGGAAAGCUCCCGAAUUGUUAAGAAACUCGCAUGCUCCGAUUAAAGGCACUCAGGCAGGAGAUAUUUAUUCCUUCGCUAUUAUUCUAUAUGAAAUUCUUGGACGCAAGGGACCAUAUGGAAAUAUAAAUCUGGAACCCAAAGAAAUCAUAGACCGAGUGAAAAGAUUCCCAGACGAUGGCGAACCGCCGUUUAGGCCCAACUUAAAUAUACUCUCCGAGUCAAAAGCAAAUUGUGCCGACUACGUCGUCAGCACAAUUACAGACUGCUGGGCCGAAUGUCCAGAAUUUAGGCCUGACUUUAAAGCAAUAAGAACGAGAUUGAAAAAAAUGAAAGCUGGGUGGCAUCGCAAUAUAAUGGAUCAAAUAAUGAAUAUGAUGGAGAAAUAUGCGAGCAAUCUUGAAGAUCUAGUCACCGAGCGUACGGGUCUUCUCUUGGAUGAAAAAAAGAAAACGGAAGAUCUUCUGCACAGAAUGCUACCCAAACCUGUCGCGAAUUGUUUAACAAACGGUAUUGGAGUGGAACCGGAAGCUUUUGACUUGGUUACUAUAUACUUUAGCGAUAUUGUCGGUUUCACUGCGAUGUCAGCAGAAAGCACACCAUUUCAGGUUGUAAAUUUCUUAAAUGAUCUGUAUACGUUGUUUGAUCGUAUAAUCAGAGGAUAUGAAGUAUAUAAAGUUGAAACAAUCGGAGAUGCGUACAUGGUCGUUUCCGGUCUCCCAAUAAGAAUUGGAGAUCAGCAUGCUGGACAAAUAGCAUCAAUGUCAUUGGAAUUACUUAAUGCUGUUAAGCAUCAUACGAUACCUCAUCGGCCUCAAGAAACUCUCAAGUUACGUAUCGGCAUUCAUACCGGUCCUGUGGUAGCGGGCGUUGUCGGUUUGACAAUGCCUAGGUAUUGUCUAUUUGGAGACACCGUCAAUACCGCGUCUCGUAUGGAGUCUACCGGAGAACCGUUACGAAUACAUAUCAGUAAGCAAUGCAAAGAGGCAUUAGAUAAGAUCGGUGGUUAUAAGAUCGAAGAUCGAGGCUUUGUUGAAAUGAAAGGAAAAGGAACAGUGAAGACUUACUGGCUCACGGGUGCUACUGUGACACACAGAAGGAAUACGGAGAACUCUAAUGAGGAUGAAAAUCUUCCGCCACUGUUCUGCAGACCGCGAAAAAGCCCGAAGCUAAAUCCAGACUCGCGAUAUGCAUCGCUACUAGAUGGAUUAGGUGCCGGUAGUCGUAGACAAUCAAGUGUACCAUAUCCAAUAGCAGACGACUCGUCUUCACAGUGUGGUGGAUCUAGUCCACUUCCGCGACCGUUGCACGCUCGCAAGCUCGAGAGAUCUCCCCUGUCUCUGACUGAAAGCGUUUCAAAAACCACACUAGACAAUGUUUCGGUUCAGGAGGAAGAAGAGCGAAGACGCUUCUUAAAUAUCAAGUCAGUCGAUGACCUGUUUAUAAGUAUAGGACCAAAACUCAGGAAAAAUGCACGUGCUUUAUCUACCAUCGCAUCUUCGUCAUCGAGUGACUAUCCAUCCCAGACUGUCAUACGCGGAUCCCGUUCACUCGACCCGCUUCCCACUGAUAUGUAUAAUAAACGACUUGAAUCGCCGAAUUUCUGGAAGGAAAACGAAUGCACGCGGAUUAACUCAAAAGCGGACAUUUCGGAGAAAAUGCUGAAUAAUAAUUAUUCUAAUGGUAAUGUGAUAAUGUUGUCUCAUACCGAUAAUCCUCCGAAUGAAGCAGAUCCACUGUUAGGUAACGACAAUGUAGACAAGAGCGAAAUACGGGAGAAGCGUUCGCGUUCGCUAGAUCAGGUGGUAUCUGCAUCUAGCAUGGACAGUGUACCUGAUAAAAAGUCUUCCGCGCGAAAAUUGUUAGAAAUUCCGCCUGUUUCAACCAUUAUACAAAUGUUCAAUGGUAAUGGAAUGCGCAACAGCAAUGUUUCUCUAAGAAGAGGAAUACUAGCAGGGUAUGAUAAGCAAAACGAACGCGAAAGUGUGGUCUAGUACACAUUCGAGAAACUUUCUCAUUAAAUUUUCUUUUUCUAAUGCGAUAAGCUGAGUAGCAAUAGAAUCACGUGUAAAAACUAGGUGCUAUCAUACGCACAAACUAUAUGAAGUAUACAUUUACGAAAUUUUUUUUUCUUUUUCCUAAUGCGACAAACCGAGUAGCAAUAAUUAGAAUCGUGUAAACAUUAGGCGCUGUCACAGGCACAAAUUAUAUGAAAUAUACAUUGACGAAAUUUUCUUUUUCUUUUUUUAAUGCGACAAACCGAGUAGCAAGAAAUAGAAUCACGUGUAAACACUAGCCGCUGUCACACGCACGAACACAUAUGUGAAAGGUACAUUUACGAAAUUUUCUUUUUUUUUAAUGCGACGAAUCGAGUAGCAAUGGAAUCACGUGUAAA